UAAAUAUUGUAGCAUGUAUUGAAGUAUAAUUUCCCCCAAUUUGAACGCUAACUGAAUGAAUUAGAUUGAAGUCCAAUUCUUUCUGGGAGAUAUUACUAUUUGUGGUUUAUGCUUCCCAGCGGCAGGAAAACGACAGGAAACUACGUGAGCGAGAACCGUCACAUCUUGAAUGAGCAUCGGCCUCAUUCGGCUAUUUUUCCCCCUAGCUUACAGAAAGGCGUGAGAAAACAUCUCCAAAUGUCAACGGUAAUCUUCUCCUCGGUCGGCUAUAAAGCUCUGGACUACAUCUUUGAGGCCAGCAGCAGGCUGAAGGUGAUGAUGGACUUCUUGGCUCUUCCGACGCCCUCUUGCCAUGACCUUUACCCCCACAGUGGCGCCCUGGCCGAGGUCACCUACAGGAAGCCGUGGGUCAGAGGAUGCAUGAACCCCUCCUGCAGCAGUUCUGUGCUUGACCAUCUCAAAGGAGCAACACAAGAAAUAAACUCACCAGAAAGAUUUCAUGCCUGUGAGAGUGACCGGGACGUGAAAGAGACGUUGGUGAGCUCUGAACCUGACCAGCUCUGCCCCUUAAAAGAGUCAAGGCUCAGCCAUCCGUGUCAGGAAUCCUUUUACCAGCUGACGAAUGAGCAGAUGGAUCCCGGGAAUGAGAAGGAGGGUCUCCUGCUGCCAGAAGAGAUGAUGGUCGUUGAUUUCCUGCCACAUUUCAAACAGCAUUUGCCCACGCUGAAAAGCAAACUGUCCCGACUGAAGACCCUCCUGGUGGCCGACCCCCUGCCGGGUCUGACCGGACACUCCAUCAGUGAGGAAACGAUACUCAGGCACUGCGUCGCUUAUGAGGGACCCUCUGACGUGAUGCACGGCUGCCCUCGUCUAUGUGCAGACAUCAACGAGGAGUUUUGCAAAGAGUCCGUCACCAAGGAAGAGUCUUUGCUGUUACCUGAAAUCCUGAACGCCGCAGAGAUGUCCAUCGACUAUCCUAGCGGCUUUUCAAACCUCUGCCAUCGUAUGAAUGUUGUUGCCGAACAGCUGGGCGGACUACUUCCUGUCACGGAGCUGCUUUCCAAAGAAAAAACGGCGACAGUGGAAUUGUUUACAUUUUCUUUCCCGGCAUUGAGCAAUAAAGGAGACUGGCUUGAGGACACAGACGCUCCAGAGGUUCCACUCUACUUUGCUUCAUCAGGAUGUGCCGAGCUUCCGACCGAGAUGGAGCUGGAUGUGAUUCUGACCCCGCCUCCCGCCUCUGUCAGCCAGUCUCACGUGUCACUGAGGACAUCUGACCUCCAGAGGGAAGCUUUGUCUCCGCCCGGCCGACUAUCUUUGGUGUCGGCAGGAGCUCAGCAGCAGAUGGAGACGGUGCUGUGGAAGGCGGAGAAGCAUCCCUGCUUUGUGCUGAACUUCCUGUUUCCAGAACCUGACAUACUAGAAGCUGCUGUUGACUUCCAACCUCUGAGCGAAGCCUUGAAGCUACCAGCGUUGAAGAGUUUUGCUCCAGAGACUGAAGUGUUAUUUGGCAGCUGGAUGGAGUCUCCGGAGAGGCUGAGCGCUGAUGUUCCUUCUACUGACAGCAACCAGAUGUUGGAGGAUUUUAGUCACGUGUCAUUUGAACCUGAUGAGAAUAGCAUCAUCUCCUCAGUGGUGGUGAGCUCCACACGGCAUCUGCCUCGCCUGGAGGAAUCUGAAACUCCUGCUCUGCCGUUACAAGCAGCAGAAGACCAAAAACACGCUGCUGCCGAUUUGUCCCAGAGACAAAGUCUAACACUCACUCCCAACACAAAGGAAGUCAAACCAUCAACCAGCAAAGUCGACAGAAUCUCUGACAAGAUCUUUCCACAGGUGUCAUCCAUACAUGCACCGAAGAAUGUUAGCCAAUCAGAGCACAGAGUGCAGAAAGUCUCUUUCAAGGUUAAGGAUGACCAGAACGGCGUCACAGCUGCCAGACGUCCAGCACGGCAGCAAGUGGACCCGCUGUCCACCUUCAUGAUGCUGAGGUCAGGCGCGGUGUCACCCAACCCAACAGCACCUCCCACAGCAGUACCAGAGUCAGAGGUGCAGCCUCCUCCGGAGCACGCUCCCAGACUGACAGACUGGAAGCCGACCACUGCUGCGGUAUCAGGAUACGCCAGCAGAGGGCAGAAUAACACUGGUGCGGCGGUACUUCCCACUAAUGAUCAGCGGGUCAACCAGGAUGGAAGCAGAGUGGUGCAGGUCCAAGCCACCGAAAGUCAGUAUCAGGCCUACCAUGAGCUGCUGGCCUUCGCUCAACCUCGUCUGACGUCUGCCAGGGAGCUGGGCCUCAACCUGCCCGCGUGGAAGGACUUUGAGCGCCUGGCUCCGGACCAAACACGUUAUGUGCUCAAACAGCGGGAGGUGGCGCUGUGCCGGAUGAUGCAAGCAGAGAGGGGAGAGCUGGCCACAGAUCAGGAGCAGCUGUUCAGUCACGUGGCUCUGAUCCACCUGGUGGUCACGGCCAAAGAGCUACUGCUCAAGUGUGACCUGAGUGCGGCUGCGGAGUACCUGAGCAAGGCAGUUGAGACGUGCGCUGACCCGAGUCUGUCUCAGCUGCUGAGGAGGCUGCAGAUCAUCCUCCACCUCAGUCGCACCAACCGUGAGUCCAACUUGAAAGUGCUGGAGCUGCAGCAGCUGCUGUCGGCGCGGCUGCAGAACGGCGGCGACGCGCAAAAUGAAAAAAUUCUGGUCAUUGUAUCGCUUCAUUGUGAAGACGCCACAAGCGCAAUCAUCCAGCACCUGAACCAACUGACUGCUGUGACUGCAGUUUGCCCGAACGAGAACAGCAGCAAGCUUCACGGCGCCAGUGUCGUCAGCAGCGUGCAGGACAGUGUGUGCGUGAUGGUAUACAAGCAACAUUUGGGCCCAGACUUCCCCUGGAAUCUUUUCUCUCUGGUGGUGGAGUACGACCAUCCGGGCCCGUCGCCGUGGGCAACCGUCUGCAAGGAGAGGAAAGUACAGCACCUCACCUUCGACACCGUCCUCCCCGAGAGCGCCGCCUGGUGCCUGGAGGACAAGGUGGCGUACGUGCUGUUGGUGACGGAGACCCUCAUCAACUGCCCCAUGUUGCUGCAGACGCUGGAGUCGGCGUGUAACGUGUCGGUGCUGGAGAGGAGUCACUGCCCGUCCCUGCGGACACUCGGGGGCACGGAUCACUACACUGUGAUCACGGCAGACGAGUGCACCGCCAUCAUGGUUCAGCAUGACGAGAUAUGUCAGGAGGGAGCCGGCGAGGUGAUGGUGAAAAGGCUUAACGUUAUAUCGUUGCAGUACACUCACUGCUGGAUCAUCCUGCACUGCCCGGACAGCCAGGGUGGAGGGUUUUCCAGCGAAGCCUUCAACAACUUGGUGCUGGUCUACUCCUCUCUGGCGCUCUUCGGCAUGAAGUCGGACAACCUGGAAGUCAAGGUGCUCCUUGCCUCAGAGGUUUUGGAAGUGGCCAAGUGGGUCAACCGGAUCUGCUUCCUCAGCUUGAUGUCCAGUUCUCAGGACCCCGUCAGCUACCUGGGCCGAGACUGGCUGGCUGUGACGUGCUCGCCGGAGGAGCAGUGUCUGUCGCAGUUCCCCAGCAUCAACCCUUUGGUCAGUCAGCUCAUGCUGAAGAGGGCACCCUCGUUACCAUGGUUACUGGGGGCAUCUCUGCCCCAAUUGGAAGAACUGCUCCCCGAAGUGCCUCACAAAGUCUUAAAGCUGUUUAGCGACACCACCUGCCUGUACAACAACACGCGGCCUCCGCAAGUCCAGUCCAGUCAGCGCACAAGUCCACCGGAGAGCCUGUGGAGCACGACGGCCGACCUGUCUCGUCCGCAGGAGCUCGCCAGCCCCGAUUCGGAACCAUUUUCUGGCGACCCCAACCUCAGUUUCCUAUUUGGGUCGGCCGAGGUGAGCUUCUCCUCUGAGAAAGACGGUGCAGAUUUCAGAUACGAUCCCACUUGGCCCGCAUGCAGCCCGGAUAUUUCCCUGUGGACGACCCGCGGGGAUGCGUGGAAUGAACUGGACAGAGCCGGCGAGGAGACUGCGUUAUCCGACUGGAGAGGCCCAGCUGGAGCGGUGGGCAGGGUGGUCGGCAGCGGAAACAACGAAUGGUCCGGGCCGGCCCGUGGAUCCUUGAACGCCUCUCUGGAUAGUCCGCUCUCAUUGAGUGGCGCCUUCAGCCAAGCGAGCGGUCGUCUCAGCCCGCCUGGAGAGGUCCAGUUGUGGCGCCAUGGCGCUCACGGUCCACACGUGAGCGGAAGAGUGUCCCACUACGGGUCAAGAUGCUGGAUGGGGCGAGAGAGGAAGAGGAGUGAGGCGGUGGCAGGGCUGACCGCCACAGUGCUGACGCCGCUGAAGAGGGGCAGGCUGAGCUAUGAGAAGGUGCCGGGCCGAACCGACGGACAGACAAGGCUUAAAUUGUUUUAAGCAUCCUCUGUUGCCGCUUUGCAAACACGUUCUGUUAAAUGAAAGUCGACUAUCCUGUUUGUUUUUUUUUUUAACGCUGUGAAAAAAUGUAUUUCCUGUUACAUUCAUAUUGCAUUGCAGCAUAUUCUAUUUCAUUGCUGUGUUUCAAAGUGUCUAUUUAUAUAAUGUUCAGUGUCCUAAUAUUAAAAACUG